AUGGCUCUCACUCAGUUUGCCUUCCGGACUCUUAAGGGGAUCGGUGUGGUCAACGGUGCACCGAGUUACGAGCCGCUUUCCGGUUUUGAGAGACCCGAAGGAAAUCUGCGAUGCUGCUCCUACUCCCCCUGCGGCCGAUACUUUGCAUGGGCCUACCCCGAAAAGGUCAACAUUAUCGACGCUGACACAGGUGUCAUCAUCUCCUCCCUUCCCGCCGAGAACGUUUUCGAACUGGGCUUCUCGCCCAAGGGUACCUACAUAAUCACGUGGCAACGCCCUUCCAAAGACGACAACGGUGACGCCGUCAAGAACCUCAAGGUGUGGCUGGUCAUAGACGAGAAGGCGGUGGCAGAAGGCGUCGACAAGGAACCAGUCGCCAGAUUCGUGCAAAAGUCUCAGACCGGGUGGAAUUUGCAGUACACCCACGAUGAGGCCUUUUGUGCGAGAGUGGUCACGAACGAGGUACAAAUAUACGAGAGCCACGAUCUGACGACGGUUUGGAAUAAAAUCCGCGUUGAAGGUGUGACGGACUUUGCGGUGUCGCCGGGGAAGAGCCACACCAUUGCCGUCUUCGUGCCAGAGAGAAAGGGACAACCAGCUGCUGUCCGAGUUUACAACGUGCCGAAUUUCACCGCCCCCGUGUCUCAGAAGAAUUUUUUCAAAGGUGACAAGGUGCAGCUGAAGUGGAACGACCAUGGCUCUUCUUUGAUUGUGCUGGCACAAACCGAAGUCGACAAGACUGGCAAGAGCUACUAUGGAGAGACCACACUCUAUCUCCUCAGUGCGAACGGCGGCUUUGACUCGCGGAUAGAUCUAGACAAGGAGGGCCCUAUUCACGACGUCGCAUGGUCACCAAAGUCGAACAGCUUUGCUGUCGUCUACGGUUACAUGCCGGCCAAGACUGUGAUAUUCAAUGCCAGAGCCCAGUCAGUACACACGUUUCCCCUCGGACCCCGCAAUACCGUACUAUUCUCUCCCCAUGGACGUUUCGUGCUCGUGGCGGGUUUCGGAAAUCUUGCUGGUCAGAUGGAUAUCUAUGACUUGGAGAAGGACUUCGCCAAGAUCUGCACCAUCGAGGCGAGUAAUGCAAGCGUAUGCGAAUGGUCACCCGAUGGCAUUCACAUCUUAACGGCAACGACGUCGCCCCGGCUCCGAGUCGACAACGGCAUUCGGAUCUGGCAUGCUGGUGGUUCUCUAAUGUAUAACGAGGAUAUGAACGAGCUUUAUCACGUUUGCUGGCGGCCGCAACCGGCCGAUGCAUAUCCUUUGAGUGCUAACCCACUCGCCGAUAUCCCUUCUCCACAUAGCAGUGCGAUGGAAUAUAUGGCAGCUCGCAAGACACCUAGCAAACCUGCUGGUGCGUACAGACCACCAGGGGCUCGUGGACAGGUCACGCCUUUGGCCUUCAAGCGCGAAGACGAAGGCGGUGCAGCCUUUGUUCGCGAGGGCAUCUCCUCAUUCUCAAGCAACAUCAACGGGUUUGGAAAACCUCGUCAGCGAAUUGUUCCAGGUGCUGAACCUGCCGAAGAAAAGACACCACUCCCUCCUGGUGCUGCUCCUGGAGGAGGGGUGAGUUUGACAGGCACUGGGGAAGGAGCGGACGGAGAACCAAUGUCCAAAGCGGCCAAGAAGAAUGCAAAGAAGAGAGAGGCAAGGAAAGCGGCGGCUGCAGCAGCAGCUCGCGAGCAACAAGGCGGUCCGGCAGCCAAUAACCUCGCGCCAGAGCAACGACAACAAGGCGGAAGGGGAAAAAGCCCGAGUCGAAGCCCGGAUGGUCGUGGCCAUCAGCGCAGCCGAAGUAGGAAUUACGUGCCCGCGCCUGGUCUUGAGCCGCCCACUGGUCCGAAGAAGGAACGAAGCAGGAGCAACAGCCGACGGCAACGCGGUGAUGCCAACAGUUCGACGUAUGAUCGCAGUCACGCAUUUGCAAAUGGCACGCCCAAGGGGCCUGCUCAGGGCACAUCCAACGCAAAUGCUAAUCAGCAGAACAAGACUCCUCGCACCAACGCGCCCACCAAUAUCAACACGACUAUUCCCAUGCCAACACCUCCACCUGUGCCUCAGGCCUCACAAAUCCCUCCCGAGCUAGAAGUCACCUCUCCCAUGACCCCUGGCGGCAAUCCACAGGACAAGAAAAUCCGAGGCCUGUUAAAGAAGAUUCGAGCGAUAGAGGAUCUCAAGAUGCGCUUUGCAGGGGGUGAAAAGCUGGAGGAUACACAGAUGAGGAAGAUUCAGAGUGAAGAAGGGGUUAGGAAAGAGUUGGCGGCGUUGGGGUAUUCUGCGUGA